GGAAACGGCGCGUUUGCAUUUCGUUGCUGCAGCUACGAUAAAAUAUUCAAGCAAGGUGGUCGAAGUCUCUAGAAUACUGCAAUAAUAUAUCGGGUGAAACAUAACUAUGGCUCUUGAAUCGCGGAUCACACAGGAAGAAAUUAAGAAGGAACCAGAGAAGCCUAUUGACCGAGAAAAGACCUGUCCCCUUCUGUUGAGAGUAUUCACCACCAACAGCGGCCGACACCACAGAGUAGAUGAAUUUGCCCGUGGCAAUGUUCCCUCCAGUGAACUGCAGAUCUACACAUGGAUGGAUGCUACUCUGAAGGAGCUUACCAGCCUGGUGAAGGAAGUGUAUCCAGAGGCCAGGAAAAAGGGGACCCACUUCAGCUUUUCCAUCGUCUACCCCGACCCUAGAGGGAAAGUGUACAGGUUGAAAGAUAUCGGCAACACUAUAUCUGGCAGGAAGGGCACAGAUGACUCCAUGACGUUGCAGUCUCAGCGCUUCCAGAUUGGAGACUACCUGGACAUCGCUAUCACGCCACCUAACAGAGCCCCGCCCCUUAGCACACGCAUGAGGCCCUUCUGAACAUACACACGCCAACAUGCAUACUCUAACCAACAUGUUUGUUUUUUAAGUUUUUUCUUUUGCAUCAUCUUGGAUGUUUUUUUUGCCUCAUUUUAUAAAAAUUGAAGUGUAAUAAAGUUUUUUCCAACAC